AAACAUUGCCUCGGCUCAGUUCCUUGUAGUUGUUGACUGAACGUUUACCCGAAAAACAUCAGAUAAACUCUCUCCAUCCCACCAUUUAUUCUCCGAUUUUAGUGUUUUGAGCUCCUAAUUUAGGAUGGACAGCCACGAGGAAGACGGGGAGAUAAGGGAAAGUCGCCAGAUAACUCAGCGAUCUAAUGGGAACGAAGUGGAACAAGAGGAGGACGACUUCAGUAUGUCCUCGUAUGAUGGAGAUCAGGGGGACAGUCUCGACAUCAAACCACCACAGGCAGUUGUGCAGCGACGAGAGAAACGUGAAAAGCGAGAUAAGAGAGACCGUCAUCGCCACAAGGGCGAGCGCCAUAAAGACCGCCAUCGCAACAGAGAGCACAGGGGUCAUGAUGAGCGUAGACGUGAACACCGCAGACACAGGGAACGCAUGGAAGGGGAGAGACGUGAACCUCGAGAGGUUCGAGAAGGCCGACGACACGAAAAGCAUCGUGAAAGAGGAGGAAAGCAUGACAAGCCUUUUACUGAUCUUCGAAGUAAAAUUGAGAAGAGAGGAAAAAUGGCAGAAAGAGAAAUGAUGUUUCAGGAUAGACGAAGGGGACGGGAACGAGAGGAUUAUUACAUCGAUGACAGAGAGUAUGAGCAUGUCGACUAUCAUCGAGAGCAUAUUCCCAGUAGAGGUGGGGGAAUGGGGAGAGGAGUUAUGGGUCCCGGCGAUUACCAACAGCAUGUUCACCACCGCAGAGAUGAGCCUCCGAUGAUGCAGUUGUCCCCUCGAGAAAGGGCUGAACGAGACAGGAGAAUGGAACGUUUUUUAGUAGCAGAUAAGCAAAAAGAGCUAUCUCAAAGAGAGGCAGAGUCUCGCCGUCAAAGAAGAGAAGAAGAAAAACGGGAAGAACAGCUUGUUCGACAUCGCGGGGAAUCUUCUUUCAAGCACAGUCGUACACAUUCACCAGUUGACAUCCAGCCGCAAAAGAAGAGAAAGCAUCACCAUCAAGACUCUUAUGCCCCUGCGGAAAAUAUAGAUGAGGUGACAAUUCUAAGUGAGGAGGAAGAGGGAGAGUAUGAAGAAAUGGGCGAAGAGGAGGAAGAAAAGAAAGUAUUGAAGGACAAGAGGUCUGAUGACGAUUCCAAGAAGAAGAAAAAGAAGAGGGAGGAUUCUUCCUUAAAAGACAAAGAUGCUGAUGACACAGAACAAUCGGAUUCCGCUGCCACAGAAUCAUCAGACACCGAAUCAGAUUCAGGCCCUAUCAUGACGGAGAGUGCUCGCUCACCCACACCUCCUCAUAGGAGCCAGUACCAGGAUUCAGAGAGCACGACGACGGAAGAAUCUGAUGAAGAGAAAGAAGAAGGAGAGCUGAAUACAAAGAAGGCAAAAGAUUCAGGUGAUCAGAUGUCUGUGUCUGGUAGUGGCUCUGGGUCUGCGAGAUCUGGGACUCUAUCACCAAAUCAAGCAGCGAACUACGAUGAUUCACCCAGGAUGGCAGACCACAGGUCUGACAGAGAUGAAGCAGAUUAUCUGGGAGAUUCACCUCCGCAGUCACCCGUUGAAAUGAAAGAACAGCUGCCAUCAUACUACCCAGCCAUUAUGGGUUGCCGUUCCGUCGAUGAAUUUGAAUGUCUGAACAGGAUUGAGGAAGGGACCUAUGGGGUUGUGUACAGAGCAAGAGAAAAGGCAACCAACCAAAUUGUGGCAUUAAAAAGACUGAAGAUGGAGAAAGAAAAAGAAGGGUUUCCCAUCACAUCGUUACGUGAAGUCAACACAUUACUUAAGGGUCAGCACGAAAACAUUGUUACAGUUCGUGAGAUAGUUGUCGGUAGUAACAUGGACAAAAUUUAUAUUGUCAUGGAUUACGUCGAGCAUGAUCUCAAGUCUCUCAUGGAAACAAUGAAACAAAAGAAGCAAGUUUUCAGUGAUGGAGAAGUGAAGACACUGAUGAUUCAGCUUCUUAGAGCUGUUCAUCAUCUUCACGACAAUUGGAUCCUGCAUAGAGAUUUGAAGACUUCUAAUUUGCUAUUAUCACAUCGUGGUAUUUUAAAGGUAGGCGAUUUCGGACUUGCACGAGAAUAUGGGUCCCCAUUAAAGCAGUUCACGCCAAUUGUAGUUACACUGUGGUAUCGUGCUCCUGAACUGCUCCUUGGAGCCAAGCAAUACUCGACCCACAUAGACGUUUGGUCGGUCGGAUGUAUCUUUGGGGAGCUGCUGGGAAUGGAAGCUAUGUUUCCUGGAAAAUCUGAAAUUGAUCAGCUUAAUAAAAUAUUUAAGGACCUUGGAACCCCAAGCGAAAAAAUAUGGCCUGGCUACAGCCAGCUCCCUGUUGUAAAAAAGACACAGUUUGCCGACUAUCCCUACAACCAUCUGAGAGAACGGUACAAGGUACGACUCUCAGACCAGGGCUUCAAUUUGUUAAAUAGGUUUCUGACUUACAACCCUGCCAAGAGAAUUACCUGUCAAAAUGCCCUUCAUCAUGAUUAUUUUAAGAAGGAAGCUCCGGCGCCCGUUGAUCCUGCAAUGUUCCCCACUUGGCCUGCAAAAUCUGAAAAUCCACAUGGGCGUUCCAAGAAGGCAGGCCUCAGCCCCAAGCCACCAUCUGGUGGUAAAAAUUUCAAAGACCUGGGUGAUGGUGAUGAUGAACUAGCAGCCAGAGGGUUCUUCCUGGGAGCUGCCAUCUCCAGUGGACCUGGUUUUGUGUUGAAAAUGUAAUGGGGAGACUUAGCUUGAUAGUAUACUGUAUAUAAAAAUUAUCUGUACAUUGAGAAUUGACGUGGAGAAAUGUACAAUGAGAAUUGUUGUGGAGGAAUGUCAGCAUUAAGAGUAUAAUUAAGGAAUUUAUUUAGAUUAUGUUAUUACAGCCUUUAUUAAAAAAUUAUUUGAUAA